AUGACGUCCAUCCCUGUUAUCGACUUUAGUCUCUUUACUUCUCACCCCGAGGAGUGUGCACGACAGAUUAAUGAUGCUAGCAAAGACAUUGGAUUCUUCUACGUUAAGAACCACGGUGUCUCUCAGAAGUCGAUUGAUCGCAUGCUUAAAUGCACACAAAGCUAUCUGACAAAACUUCCUCUCUCUUCACCACCUUAUCAAAGCCUAGAUCCUGAGCAUCAGACUCAAGGAGAUUUGAAGGAGUAUGAGGAUGACCUCAGUCGCCUCGCCAAUGAGGUUCUGCAGUGCUUAGCUCUCGCAUUGCAAAUUCCCGAGAGCGCAGGAGGCCGACAUUUCUUUGGUAAAAGCCAUGACUGGGAUGGUCCAAUGCCUACCACUCUUCGGUUUUUACACUAUCCUCCGCAAGAUCGUGACCCAAAGUCGCCUUUAGCUGGAAGUCACACUGAUUAUGGCUCUGUCACGCUUUUGAUACAGAAGGACAUUGGUGGACUUGAAAUCCAACCAUCAAGGACCCAUAAGGAUGCGCUUUGGAUACCGGUGCCUAUAAUCCCUGAUGCCAUUUUAGUCAGCAUUGGAGACCUUUUCCAGAUGUGGACCAAUGGUUUACUAAAGUCCACAAAGCACAGAGUUACUCACAUUCCCCAGCAACUUAAUCGCUCACGCUAUUCUAUUGCUUGCUUCCUUUUUCCCAAUGAUGACAUCAAGCUGGAACCUAUUCCUUCACCCCUCAUCACGCAGAAAAUGAGAGAUGAGGCUAUUGAGUUUGAGAAAUGUCGGAAUAUGGCAGCAAGGGAGUAUCUGGCAUGGAAACUGGCGCAAACGUACGAUUAUGGUCGUAUUCGUAAAGAAAAUUCUUAA